AUCUUACGGCAUAAUCUCUAGACGGUCGCGAUGCGCGCGAUCUCCCGGCUAGGUGUUUAAACCCUGGAAGGGCUCUUCCCUGGCGCCAGGGUUGGAGCGAGCGAGUGCGUUCUUGAGGAAUGGCGCAAGCCAUACAGGUCGGAGCAAUCCGGCUCGCCGCUCCUCUACCGGCAUUCUCUUCCAGCUUCCAUGGCGAAGCCAGCAGCAAGCAUGGAAUUUCGUCCCCGCCUCUACACACCAGGCCAUCUUCGUCAAGGAUAGUGAUUCGUUCCGUCUAUCCUUCUGACCCAUUUCCUCCUAGAAUUCCAAGACAAGGCCAGCCAAACGAGUACAAGCUUCCAGUGGAGGAGUACUACACACCGCCGCCACCUCCGGUGCCUUACUAUGGUCCGCCGCCGCCGGUUAAACCACCGCCGCCACCACCGAGGACUCUCAAUCCAGACAAGCUGCCACCAAAGUCUACGAACGCCGAGCCGCCACCUCCAGUUCCUGAGAACAAAGGUCUCUCGGCUCUGGGAAUUCCUGAGCUCGACCUUCCCGAGCCUACGGAUAAAGAUGGAAAGCCGAUCAAAUCGACUUACAGGUCCCCCUAUGCGAAGCCGGAGCCACCACCGCGACCAUACCACCCCGAGAGGCCGACGAACUCGAGGGUGAUCGAGUGGCUGAAUCCUCCGCCUCCACCGACGGAGCUCAUGCAGCGAGAACAGUUCAAGCUCUCGGAUACGUGCUCCAUGACGAUCUACUUUGGAGACAUUACCAAAUGGCGAGUCGACGGUGCUACUGAUGCCAUUGUGGCUCCUGCGAACAAGAAAGUGAAUGCUGGAGCUGCUGUUGAUGGAGUUAUUCACAAGGUUGCUGGGCCGAGGCUCUUGUCUGCCUGCCAAAGGCUUCCAGACGUCGCUCCUCAUGGCGUUAAGUGUGAAGUUGGGCAAGCAGUCAGCACAAAAGCUUUCAAUCUUCCUGUUUCGCGAGUCAUCCAUGCCGUAGGUCCUGUGUAUGAAGGGAGGGAGUCGGAUGCCGACUUAGAGAAAACUUACGCCUCGGCGUUGGCUCUUGCUGCGACGGAAGGCAUCAAGCACAUCGUGUUCCCUCCCCUCUCGUGCCGAAUCUACGGGUAUCCUUACUCGGAGGGAGCUGAAGUAGCGUUGAAGGCAUUGAAAAACGGCUGCCAGGGUUUCACACAGAUUGACAUCGUGAUAAGGAACAUCGAGGGGUAUGAUGCGUUCAUCGACGAGGCAAACAAAGUCCUGGAAGCGAUCAAGGAGAGGAAGACGAUCCCAAUGCCACCGCCGCCUCAAGAACAGCAGUCGCCAAUUCCAUAUCUCUAGAAGGAAGGUUUUUCCAGCAAUGAGACAAGAACAUUCGGAAUA